UUACCUUGCCUAGUAAUAUAGUAAACUAGACUUCAUAGGGAGAAGGAAAGCCUUCAACCGUUAACUAGUUGUCAUAGAGAAGAGCGCUAGUUCUAGAGCAACUAGCGUCAAACCUAGAGCUGAAGUUAUUGGAUAAAAACAAGUAAUUGCAGCAAAACAAUCCAGCAAAGAUUGCAACAAGGAUGAUUGUGCCCAAUCUCGGACUUAACACUGCAUUUCCCUAGAUGGCUCUAUACAAAGCCAAAACAUACAACAGAUCUAACACGUCUGAUCCUCAGGAUCCAGAAGAAAGAUCAACCACUCCUUCACUAUCAGCUGAAGAAGGAACUGCUGAUCAUGAAGUCGUCUCUACCCCUUCUGAAGGGCAAGCUUCAGAAGCUUCAGCAUCAGCCACUUCAGAAGACAACGUUUCUUCGGUUGACACUUCAACAGCUUCAGAUGGUACAGCAGAAAAACCAGCUUUGGAAUCUAAAUCUGCUGAAGACGUCAAAGAAGAGACCACUUGUGCACCAAAUCAGAGGAAAAUCGUUAUGCAUGAAACCUUUGAGGAUGUAGGCAAGGAAUCACCUUCAGAAUCCGAAAAGAUGGAUUAUAACGACAGUGUGGAGCCUGAAGCCACUGAAGAAGAAAUGUCUGAAGCAUCAUCCAAGCCUUCUACCUCAACCACGAGUGGAAUAUCAUCAAAAGGAGGUAAUGCGAAGUCAUCUUUGACAUCGACAUCUUUAUCUUCUUAUCCUUCAAGUCCUUCGCCUGGCUCCUCAUCCACGCUGUCACUAUCACCAGCAUCUCUACAUCAGCCCUCUUCUUCCUCAUCUUCUUCCCCUUCUCUUGCUGGGGCUCCAGCCCCAGUUGAUCAAACUUUGGUCGCUUCUGCAAGUGGUUCAGUUUCAGGUUGCAUUCCCAAGACUUCAAAUCCUGCGAUAUCCCGAGGGAGUGUCAUUCCUCCUGCCCCUAAACCCCCUACCUUCAUGCAGGUUCAUUACGACAGUUCUCUGAGACGAGACACUACCGUCGCGACCAUGCGUUCCUCGUCAGCGCCAUCGUCGGUUCUGGUCACAGGUUCACCCAGAAAAGAUAGUCGAACACCAACGCCUACCCUUAGCGCUGACAUUCCAUCACAGACUACCAACGCAUCUCCGAUCAAAAUACGUACUUUUUCAAUUCUAAACGCAAAUGAAAACAACAGCGUGCAAACUUCCCAAAGUCCUUCGUCGAAUGAUUCCGUGAUCCGGUCACAUCAGGUAAGAGUGGUUGAUUGUAAGCGUUUAAAAACCUUCGACCCGGCGUUGAUUGAAGAGGCUACCACUUCGACAGGUUCAGCCAAGCUGAAAAUGCGGCCUCCUAGCCAACACGCGUACCAUCUUCAGCACCAGCAACAUCAACAUGGUCCCGCUUCUCAGCCACAACACUCGCAGGAAACAAAGUUUAGAGAUCAGAAUCAAUCCCAACUUCGUCAUGCCCUCUCUCCUCAGCAGCCGAUACCUUUACGUCACCCAUCUUUUUCGCCCCAACAUUCCCAACUACGACAGAAGCUCCUAUCCCCAUCAACCAAACAACAACCCCACCAGGUUCACCAUCAACAGUUUCAUCAUACCAUCAUACAGGGUUCUAGUAAGACAACUGCGGUGAUGCCGAACGUGGUUCAACCUAGGGUACCACCUACAAUGCAAGUUAACCUCGCCCCAACCGUUACUUCAACUUGGUCUACAACCACGGCACCAACGAUGGUUCCCAGCGUGUCCCCUACCAUGACACCUACUCAUCCUAACAAAGUUUCUCCAAUUUUUGGACAAACUGGUAGAUCUCCAACUCUGCUGACUCCUCACAUCCGUACAGCAGCGGCACGGAAGGAGAUUGUGGAUCCAGGCUCUGGCAAAUCCUACUACAUGUCAAGCGGCGCCUCUCCCUACAACGGACACAGUUUGAGCACCUCGGCGAUGAGCAGCAGCAGCGGUGGUGGAGGAGGUGGAUUGUUGGUGCCACCGUCCCUGUUAUCUUCAUCCACCACAUCCACCAGCACCACAAACACCACCAACUCAACCACCAACAAUCACCACCAUCACCACCACAUCAACAAAAACGACAGCCCCAGAUGCACACCACAAUCCAACGGUGGUGGUGACGGUAGCUCCACCACCAACAUUGAUGGUGGAAGUGGUGGUGGUGGUGGUGGUGGUGUAGGUGGUGACUCACAACACUUCUGUUUGAGGUGGAAUAAUCACCUGAGUAACCUCAUGGGUACUUUAUCCACCGUCAUGGCGUCGGAGCAGUACGCUGACGUCACUAUUUUCUGUGAAGGAACCAUCCUGCGGGUUCACAAGCUGGUUCUGCUGGCGAGUUCGGUUCACUUUGAACGCAUCCUGCAGAACCUGCCUGAGAACCAACACCCGUUCAUAGUUCUAGACGGCACUCGGCUGGCAGAUAUCCAGAGUUUGGUGGAGUACAUGUACAAAGGAGAGGUGAACAUUGCGCAGGAUAACCUCAGGAGUCUUCUCAAGACGGCAGAGACUCUACAGAUCAAGGGGCUGAUCGACAUCGAGCACGAGGACAACCCCAACAAACGGCGUCCCCAAGCCCCCAAUUGCCGACAAAACGACCAAGACAGAAACGGGGAUCGUGAUCCCGAUCCCCAUCCUAAUCCCCUACUCCGGCACCCUCUAUCCUCCAACUCUCCUCCCCACAAACGUUCCCGAAUUUCCCCAAUUGACACGGCGCUGUUGAGAGAUCGAAUCGUGGACGCCCUUCCCCGAGGGGAAGACCCCACGGGGCAUCAACCUGAUCCCAGGGACAUGAGGCUUGAACCUCGACAAGAUCUACUUCCCCAUAGGGAUUCCUCAAGAGGGGAUUAUGUCCGGGACUUGAGUCGUGAUGCGAGUUUCGGUCGUGACAUCCCCAACAGGGAUAUAAAAAGGGAAUUAUCGCGGGAGAUACUGCAACGGGAACAGCUAUCCCGUGAAAUCCCGAGAGAUUUGUCUUCCCACUCGUUUUCUGGUUGGGGAACAUCUUCGGGUAGUCGGAGGAUGACUCCCUCCCCAGUGGUGUCUGCACCGUCCCCAAUAGGGAGGGACCUCCCCACCUCCUCUGCUUAUUAUUCCCGCGGCGGGCAGUUCGAUGCCCCUCUCCUUCCCCCUCGGUCUUCCCCCAAAUCCCCAGGCCUGGAACAUAAGCUUCCGUCACAACUUGGUAUCUCGCCGUUCGGGCUGCACUUCAACCUGCCGGCGCUGCCGCUGCUGCAGGACAAGUCCAAGAAUCUUCUGGAACGGUCGCCCCACCUUCUGCUCUCAGGCACGCGAUACGACCCUGACGAGCGCGACGCGCGCGAGAAACCAUCAUGGCCACCAAGACCAUCCUCUGAAGAUUUCAAGAGGGAACUUGAGAACGGCCGAGUUGCAGAUCGAGAGCGAGAUUCCGCAGAGCGUUACACAAUCCUGCACAAAACCCUCCUGCAGCACAAGCAGAACCAGCAACGAGAACAACGUGAAAGAGAACAACAACAGCAGCAACAGCAACAACAAUCAUCCUCUUUACCCCACGUUUUAUCAUUGCAACUAUCACAACAACAACAGCAGCAGCAACAGCAACAACAACAAGCUCAACAAUCCUCAUCACAGUUCCCCCCGCAAAUGUUCCCGUUGUUCCCCAGCUCUGAUCCCCCUGAGGGUAAGGACGUUAAAGACGUUAAGGGCAUCAAGGACAUAAAGGACUUACCUGAUCACGAACGUUCCAACGACGACGACAAAAGUUCCAUCAGUCCUGCACACGACAAAAGCCAGUUCUCUCCGCCCUCUGAUGAUUCUGGUGGAUCAGGCAAGCACGAGUCCGAUGGCUUGGUGAUGGAUGAGGAGGAUGAGGAAGAGGAUUCCAGAAGCAGCACGGGGGGCAGCAAUGGCAGCCGAGGGGGGGCGGACGCGGCCACGGAUCUGUCCACUCCGGGGUCGGGGGGCAAGCUCAAGAAGGAGGGGUUGAAGGGGUCCGGGUCUUCGGAAGAACGCGUCAAGUGUCCGUACUGCGCCCGCGCAUACCGCCACCAGAACAACCUACGUACCCACAUCCGAUGCUUCCACAAGGGGGUUCGCAUCCCAUGCCCCAUUUGCCAGCGGGGGUUCACCAGAUGGUUCACGGUUCGUUGCCACAUUGCCCGGGAGCACCAAAACGUUGACAUCAGCCGUCCCGAUGCCUUACCUAGCCAGCUGAGACGUUCCCUUUAUAAUAGUCAAUAUUCUGACACUUCUAGACCCACUUUAGGAUCCUACCAGGACGAACUUAGACUAUCCAACACGGCCUCUGCCCUUACCAACUACGCGGAGAGCAGCGGCCCACCUAGUGUACUACCCACACAGCCAUGACACUUCCCUUUCGCUGAAAAUACCUUACACCUUUUCAACAAACUAAGAACUGAU